CCUGCCCCCUCGCAGACCCCGCCGGGACCCGUCGCGGGGGCGGCCUGCGACCCCACCAAGGACGACAAGGGCUACUUCCGUCGGCUGAAGUACCUGAUGGAGCGGCGCUUUCCGUGUGGCGUGUGCCAAAAGUCCUUCAAGCAGUCCUCACACCUGGUCCAGCACAUGCUGGUGCACUCGGGGGAGAGGCCCUACGAGUGCGGCGUCUGUGGCCGCACCUACAACCACGUCUCCAGCCUCAUCCGCCACCGCCGCUGCCACAAGGACGCUCCGCCCGCCGCUGGGGCCCCACCACAACCAGGUGCGACCCUCCCGCCGUUGGGACUGCCUGCUGCUCCCCCUGCUGCCGGUGCCCCCACCUCGGUCCCUGCUGGCCCUCCGUCCACGCCGGCCGCCCCCGCUGCCUCUGUGGACGGAAAUGCAGCCCCGGGUGGGGGUGCACCACCAGCAAGUGUGGGGGCUCCCCCUCCAGCUGCAGGUAGCGGCGAGGGCCCCUUCGCCUGUCCACUCUGCUGGAAGGUCUUCAAGAAGCCCAGCCACCUGCACCAGCACCAGAUCAUCCACACGGGAGAGAAGCCCUUCUCCUGCUCCGUGUGCAGCAAGAGCUUCAACCGCAGGGAGAGCCUCAAGCGCCACGUGAAGACGCACUCUGCUGACCUGCUUCGCCUACCCUGCGGGGUCUGCGGCAAGGCCUUUCGUGACGCCGCCUACCUGCUCAAGCAUCAGGCGGCGCACGCGGGCGCAGCAGGGCCCCGGCCCAUGUACCCCUGCGACCUGUGCGGCAAGUCCUAUUCGGCACCACAGAGUCUGCUCCGCCACAAGGCCGCGCACGCACCGCCCGCAGCCCCUGAUGCACCUAAGGAUGCCGCAGCUACUGUUUCGCAGCCCGCGCCUGCCUUUCCUCCGGGUCCCUACCUACUGCCACCCGACGCCCCCGCCACGGACAGUGAGAAGGCAGCCGCAGCCGCAGCGGCCGUGGUGUAUGGGGCCGUGCCAAUGCCGCUGCUGGGCGCGCACCCUCUGCUGCUUGGCACAGGGACCAGUGGGGCAGGUAGCACGGGUGCCAGCGGCCCCGGAAAGACAUUUUGCUGUGGCAUCUGUGGGCGUGGCUUUGGGCGCCGCGAGACGCUGAAGCGCCACGAGCGUAUCCACACUGGCGAGAAGCCACACCAGUGCCCGGUGUGCGGGAAGCGCUUCCGUGAGUCCUUCCACCUGAGCAAGCACCACGUGGUGCACACCCGGGAGCGCCCCUACAAGUGCGAGCUCUGCGGCAAGGUCUUUGGCUACCCACAGAGCCUGACGCGCCACCGCCAAGUACACCGGCUGCAGCUGCCCUGUGCCCUGGCCGGAGCCACCGGCCUCCCAACAACCCAGGGCGCGCCAGGGGCCUGUGGUCCGGGCUCCUCGACUGGGGCCGCAGGGGCUGCAGAGGGCCUGAGCUACGCCUGCUCGGACUGCGGCGAGCACUUCCCGGAUCUCUUCCAUGUCAUGAGCCACAAAGAGGCCCACAUGACGGAGAAGCCCUAUGGUUGCGAUGCCUGUGGCAAGACCUUCGGCUUCAUUGAGAACCUCAUGUGGCACAAACUGGUCCACCAGGCUGCCCCGGAGCGCUUGCUCCCGCCCGCACCCAAUGGCCAGCAGCCCCCGGAUGGCUCUGGUGGCGCGGUGGAGGCGGCUAGCAUGCUGGACAACGGACUGGCAGGGGAGGUGGGGGCAGCCGUAGCGGCGCUGGCAGGGGUGUCCGGGGGCGAUGAUACCAACAGCACUGCAGGAGCUGGGGGCAGUGGAGGCGCCAGCUCAGGCCCCGAGCGCUUCAGCUGUGCCACUUGCGGCCAGAGCUUCAAGCACUUCCUGGGCCUGGUCACUCACAAGUACGUGCACCUGGUGCGGCGGACCCUGGGCUGCGGCCUCUGUGGCCAGAGCUUCGCGGGCGCCUAUGACCUGCUCCUGCACCGGCGCAGCCACCGGCAGAAGCGGGGCUUCCGCUGCCCUGUGUGUGGCAAGCGCUUCUGGGAGGCGGCCCUGCUGAUGCGCCACCAGCGCUGCCACACGGAGCAGCGGCCCUACCGGUGUGGCGUGUGUGGCCGAGGCUUCCUGCGCUCCUGGUACUUGCGGCAGCACCGAGUGGUGCACACGGGCGAGCGGGCCUUCAAAUGUGGCGUGUGCGCCAAGCGCUUCGCGCAGUCGUCCAGCCUGGCGGAGCACCGGCGGCUGCACGCAGUGGCCCGGCCCCAGCGCUGCGGAGCCUGCGGAAAGACCUUCCGCUACCGCUCCAACCUGCUGGAGCACCAGCGGCUGCACCUGGGCGAGCGGGCCUACCGUUGCGAGCACUGUGGUAAGGGCUUCUUCUACCUGAGCUCUGUGCUGCGCCACCAGCGUGCCCACGAGCCGCCGCGGCCCGAGCUCCGCUGCCCCGCCUGCCUCAAGGCCUUCAAGGAUCCCGGCUAUUUCCGCAAGCACCUGGCGGCCCACCAGGGUGGCCGGCCCUUCCGCUGCUCCUCGUGCGGGGAGGGUUUCUCCAACACCUACGGCCUCAAAAAGCACCGCCUGGCACAUAAGGCCGAGGGCCUUGCGGGGCCUGGAGCAGGGGCUGGCACCUUGGCAGGAAAGGAGGCCUAACCAGGGAGGCUUCCCAUAUGGCACUCCACUCAGAUGUCCCCUUCCGGACUCGCCCCUCCUGGGCUGCAAGUCAGACUCUGCCCCCUCCUUGCUGUUUUCCCCUCCACCCCUUGACAGACUAGCCUCCUUCCAGGCCUGUGCUGUACAAACUCAAGGCUGAAUCACUCCCAACCUGGACCCCUCUGGCCAUCCUUUCAUCCCAUCCAACCUUGAACCUGAUCCUCCGUGCAACCAGUUUUGUAAACCCCGUCAGCCCCUACCCCAGCAGCGUUCUGUCCCCCGUAAGCUUCGGUGGAGAUGGGCAUGAACUGCCCUUCCCUUCCUUUGGUUUCCAGCUGGACAGUGGGAUAUGAGCAGAGUUGGGAGGGCACAAAGGGGCCUGGGUGCUCUUGGAUUGUGGGGUGGGGGGCGGGGUGGCAGACGCGGCUUGUACAGAGCGGAGAUAAUAAACCUCAUCACCAGG